AUGGCCUCUCUCUCUGGCCUCUGUUCCUCUUCUCCCUCUCUCAAACCCAAACACUCUCUUUCUAAAACAACUCUCAAUCCUCCCCUCCUCAAAAACUCACUCACAUUCCCAACUCGGAUUCUACUCACUCCAACUCACUCAAUCGCUCGCGAUAUCCCAGCCGAUUUGUCAAAAACAAACGACAAACUCUCCAUCAAGCCCAAACAACUAGGACUAGAGAAAGAUCCUAAUUCUCUAUGGAGGAGAUACGUGGACUGGUUCUACCAACACAAGGAAUUAGGGUUGUAUUUGGACGUGAGUCGGAUCGGUUUCACGGACGAGUUUGUUUCUGAAAUGGAUCCCCGAUUUCAAAAGGCUUUUAAGGAUAUGGUGGAAUUAGAGAAGGGCGCGAUUGCCAAUCCCGAUGAAGGGAGAAUGGUUGGGCAUUAUUGGUUGAGGAAUUCGAUCUUAGCACCGAAGUCUUCUUUGAAAACUCAGAUUGACAAGACUCUUGAUGCUGUUUGUGAUUUUGCUGAUCAAGUCGUCAGCGGUAAGAUUAAGACUCCGGAUGGUGGCCGUUUUACUCAAGUACUCUCCGUUGGGAUUGGUGGUUCGGCUCUUGGACCUCAGUUUGUUGCCGAGGCGCUGGCCCCUGACAAUCCUCCUCUUAAGAUAAGGUUCAUUGAUAAUACAGAUCCUGCUGGAAUUGAUCAUCAGAUUGCUCAGCUUGGACAUGAGCUGGCUUCUACUCUUGUAAUUGUGAUUUCAAAGAGUGGAGGAACCCCUGAAACUAGAAAUGGUUUGUUGGAAGUACAGAAAGCCUUUCGUGAAGCUGGCCUGGAGUUUGCAAAACAGGGUGUUGCUAUAACACAAGAAAAUUCAUUACUAGACAACACUGCAAGAAUUGAGGGCUGGUUGGCUAGAUUCCCGAUGUUUGAUUGGGUGGGUGGUAGGACAUCUGAAAUGUCUGCAGUUGGCCUGCUUCCAGCAGCGCUCCAGGGGAUUGACGUCAGAGAAAUGCUUGCUGGUGCUGCAUUGAUGGAUGAGGCAAAUAGGACCACAGUGAGGUUCCAAUUUAUAGGUGUCCUAGUAGAGGUGAAUGAUUGUCCACUCUGCAGUUCUAUAUUUGUGCAUUGCAUUGGGAUCAUCCUUCUGAUCAAGACAUUUUCCCUCCAGCUUAGGAAUAACCCUGCAGCUUUGCUAGCUUUAUGUUGGUAUUGGGCUUCUGAUGGGGUGGGAUCUAAGGACAUGGUUGUACUUCCGUACAAGGACAGCCUAUUGCUAUUUAGCAGGUAUUUGCAGCAGCUGGUCAUGGAAUCACUUGGGAAGGAAUUUGAUCUUGACGGUAAUCAGGUUUUCACCUUGAAGAUUGCUGUUAUAUCAAUUUGCCAUAUGAUUUUCAAGAUUAAAGCAUUGCUACGUGAUAGACCUCCCGGCCAUGAUUGGGAGCUUGAACCAGGCGUCACAUGUGGUGACUACCUAUUUGGAAUGUUACAGGGAACUAGGUCUGCUCUGUAUGCCAAUGACAGGGAAUCUAUUACAGUCACUGUGCAAGAAGUGACACCUAGAUCAGUUGGGGCACUUAUUGGGCUUUAUGAGCGGGCAGUUGGGAUAUAUGCCUCACUUGUGAACAUUAAUGCUUACCAUCAACCUGGUGUGGAAGCUGGGAAGAAAGCAGCAGGAGAAGUAUUAGCUCUUCAGAAGCGGGUUUUGGCAGUGCUCAAUGAGGCAAGUUGCAAAGAGCCUGUUGAACCAUUGACACUAGAGGAAGUAGCUGAUCGUUGCCAUGCUCCCCAAGACAUCGAAAUGAUAUACAAGAUUAUUGCGCACAUGGCAGCCAAUGACAGAGCACUUAUAGCUGAAGGCAGCUGUGGUUCACCGCGCAGUCUCAAAGUUUUCCUUGGCGAAUGUAAUGUGGACGAUCUAUAUGCCUAA